CCGAUCCUCGCCGGUCUCCAUAGCGAACAGCAGGAGAAGCGUAGUGUGCGUGGGUGGAGGCACUCAUACCCUUUGUCGCACUAUCUGUACUUCUUGAGCCAGAGGAGAGGGAUGAAGUACGUAUUGGUGACGGGGGGAGUGGUGAGCGGGCUGGGGAAAGGGGUGACGGCCAGCAGCAUCGGCGUCGUCCUCAAGGCCUGCGGCCUCCGCGUCACCUCCAUAAAAAUCGAUCCUUAUCUGAACACUGACGCUGGGACUAUGUCCCCAUUUGAGCAUGGGGAAGUCUUUGUCUUAGAUGAUGGUGGUGAGGUGGAUUUGGAUCUAGGAAACUAUGAACGUUUCCUUGAUAUCAAGUUAACUCGUGACAACAAUAUCACAACUGGGAAAAUCUAUCAGUCCGUCAUCCAGAAGGAGAGGAGAGGAGACUAUCUGGGGAAAACAGUUCAGGUAUCUGUCUCUCUAAACCAUCAACCCAAUUGUGUACCACAAAAUUUAUAUUGUCUUGGUAGCACUAUAGUGUGUCCUCUUCGCCUUUUGAAGGUCGUGCCUCAUAUCACGGAUGCCAUACAAGAGUGGAUUGAACGUGUAGCGAUGAUUCCUGUGGACGGCCAAGAAGGACCAGCUGAUGUUUGUGUUAUAGAAUUGGGUGGAACUAUAGGGGAUAUUGAAUCGAUGCCAUUCAUAGAAGCUUUGGGUCAAUUCUCUUACCGUGUGGGACCUGGUAACUUCUGUCUGGUUCAUGUCAGUCUUGUACCAGUUCUUAAGGCAGUUGGGGAGCCGAAAACCAAGCCAACCCAACAUAGUGUUAGGGGAUUACGAGGACUCGGGCUGACACCAAAUAUUCUAGCCUGCCGCAGUGAGAAGCCACUUGAUGUAACUGUUAAAGAAAAACUUUCACAAUUUUGUCAUGUACCGGUAGCCAAUAUUAUUACUCUACAUGAUGUUACAAACAUUUGGCACAUUCCUUUGUUAUUGAGGGAGCAAAAGGUACAUGAAGCUCUUCUGAAACUAUUGAACCUUCAAGGAUGUGCUAAGGAACACAUGCUGGAAGAAUGGAUGAGUAGAGCUAAACUCUGUGAUACAUUGCAUGAUCCUGUCAGGAUUGCUAUGGUAGGAAAAUAUACUGGUUUUUCUGAUUCUUACCUCUCCGUAUUGAAGGCUCUUUUGCAUGCUUCUGUUGCUUGCCGGAAAAAACUUGUCGUGGACUGGGUCCCAUCAUCUGAUCUUGAAGAAACAACUGCAAAAGAGGUGCCUGAAUCUUACAAAGCAGCGUGGAAACUAUUGAAGGGUGCAGAUGGCAUACUAGUCCCAGGAGGUUUUGGAGACAGAGGGGUGAAGGGAAAAAUCCUUGCAGCUAAAUACGCUCGUGAAAACAAAGUUCCAUAUCUAGGAAUUUGUCUUGGUAUGCAGAUUGCUGUCAUUGAAUUCGCUCGAUCUGUUAUGAAUUUGAGGGAGGCAAAUAGCAUAGAGUUCGAUCCUGAUACAACCACUUCAGUUGUUAUUUUUAUGCCAGAGGGUUCCAAAACACAUAUGGGAGGAACAAUGAGAGUUGGAGUAAGAAGGACGUAUUUUGUAUCUGGUGAUUCCAAAUCUGCAAAGUUGUAUGGCAAUGUCAGAUUUGUAGAUGAACGACAUCGACAUAGAUAUGAGGUUAAUCCUAGUGUGGUCCCAGAAUUCGAAAGAGCUGGUCUUGCUUUUGUAGGUAAAGACGAGACAGGAAAACGAAUGGAGAUUAUUGAGCUGCCUUCUCAUCCUUAUUUUGUUGGUGUGCAAUUUCACCCGGAAUUCAAGUCUAGACCUGGAAAACCCUCUGCUGUUUUCUUAGGACUCAUAGCAGCAUCUUGUGGUCAGUUGGAUGCUUGGCUGCAAGCUUCUGUUCAUGCUUCAAGCAACGGUAUCGUGACCCCGAAAAAGAUCUACCAUAAUGGGAGCCUGAAGAAGCCUUCAAAGAGCCUACUAACCAACGGAAAACUCCAUGCGAAUGGCACCGGCAUGCACGCCUAGCACGUAGGCUUCUUAACUGGGGUGCUAUGCCUUCAUGAUUCAUGUCAAUUUUGUUCUUCCAUAGAUGGAUUUGUGCUGUACAGUAAACCAAGAAGAGGAAAAAGAUUUACCAUGUCGCUUGUUCCGACGUUUUACAAGGAACAGCAGAGUGUUCAUGCAAGCAGCAAGUUUUUAAGGUCUUCUUCUUAGUUCUCUUCAUUUCUUGUAAGAAAUGCUUUCGUGGAGAGGAACUGCGGUGCUUGAUAUGUAAAUUAAGAGUAGCUUAUUUGAGCAGAUGAUUCCUUUGUGUAAUCCUACUGAGGACUGUUGUAUGACAUUGUAAGAUUCGAUGAUAGUGAUGCUUGCCUA